AUGCGUUUAAGUGCCUUUUAUCCGAUAUUUCUGGGUUUAGUACCUUAUUUGGCUGCUCUACCAACCGAUAUUGGCCAGCAUUUUGGGAUAGAUGUUGUAUUGAGUCAAAUCGGUAACACUCGAAUCAAGGCUGUGGUUAAAAAUACCGGCCAGGAAGUGACUUACAUGCAUCUCAAUUUCUUCGGCGACAGCGCCCCUGUCAAAAAGGUUGCCGUAGACACCGAGAUCGUGUUUGAGGGCAUCAAGCGGCGUAUCAGGCUUGAAGGUAUUACAUCAGAGGCUUUUACAACUCUGCUACCUGGGCAAACUACCGAGGAUGAAUUCGACAUUUCAGAAACCAGCGAUCUGUCACGAGGGGGCUCUAUAUCACUACGCUCUCAAGGCCUGGUCCCUUUGGUACAAAACAAUACAGUUUCUGGCUAUUUGCUAUAUUAUUCCAAUGACCUCCAGAUUGAGGUAGAUGCGGCGAAAGCUUCUCGAGUGAGGAAAGCCAUCAAACCUCUGCAACGCCGAGCUAGAAUACAAUGCACCGAUCCAAAGUUAAGUCAGGGUCUUCAAAAGGCCUUGAAUAGCACCACCGCUCUAGCUAGUGCUGCAGCGAAGGCUGCACUUUAUGGCUCUGCUCAGAAAUUCAAAGAGUACUUCAAGACAACAAACGGCUCUGUUCGAGCUGUUGUGUCAGCAAGGCUACAGGCAGUAGCAAAAGAGGCUAAUUUAACAGCAACGGGGGCCACAUCUUACUACUGUAAUGACGAGUUUGGAUAUUGUGAGAGUAAUGUUUUGGCAUACACAAUCCCAAGUCAAAACACAAUAUGCAACUGUGCACUCUACUAUUCGUACCUCCCAAACCUUACAAAGGAAUGCCAUUACCAGGACCGUGCGACGACCUCACUGCAUGAAUUCACACAUGCGCCCGGUGUGUAUAGCCCUGGGACAGAGGACCUGGCAUAUGGCUAUCUCGCUGCUAUGGGGUUGAACAGUCGUGAAGCGGUAAUGAAUGCAGAUACCUACGCUGUGUAUGCAAAUGGUAAGUCUGAAAUCACACAUAAAACGAAACUGAACACUAAGACUUAUUCAAAUCGCAGCAAUAUACUUAGGUUGUUGAAAAUGGACUCAACAAAUGCAAGUUUUAAGGGCAUGUUGGACUUUAGCUUCAUUUAUGUUACGAGACGGUGA